UUAGAAAAAACAGUGAUCACACGUGAAUUAAAAAUUGUAUUCGUUUUGUAAUGUUUACGAAAAUUUGCAUUAUUUAUUUUCUCUGUACAUUUAUAUUUUACACGAAUACAGUGGACAGCAUUCGUUUGAAGACAUGGCCAAAGAUAAGUUCUUUAAUGCGAACUAAAGACAAAGGAAUUGUGGCAGAUAAUGAUAUCAGAAGAACGUACGAUAAGGAGUUUGUCGAGCAUUUUUGCCGCAUGCGUACAAUGGAGGCCUUUCGAUUAGUGUUCGAAGAUGUAGACAUACGAUCGCUGUGCAAUAAUUUUGAUAAGAAUAAAAACCAACUCGAAGAAAAGCAUUGCGCGCUGGUCAAGUACAGGAAAAAGAUGCAGGCUCUACAGUGCCACAACGGCGUGAUUGUACAGUCCAUGUUAGCCAUUCUGAAGGGUUCGAUACGACUCAGGAAGAACGAGACCACCAAUGGCAAACGGAUAUCCGGCGUAUUCAAAAAGUUUAGAGUUUACGUUUCUCGAAUGCUCUCGGUUUUGUAUUACGGCAAGACGAAUCCGCCCAGUUGGCUGUGGUUGGUCUACGUCAAGUUUUUGGCGGUCACCGAAUGGGAUACUUACCGGGAGUCGAUCGAAGACGACCUGUUCGAAGACGCACAGCUAACGGUGGAUCUCGACAACUUCAUUGACACGUGUGUGGCCAACUAUUACUUACCGGUCGACCACGAAAAAUACGAGGAUUUGAUCAGAGCUAAGACGAGCGUCGAUUCGUUGAAGGCGAUCACCGCUGGCCUUUACAACAACCACUCGCUGUGGUCGACUUACAAGUUCGCCGACUUCUUCGUAGUGGACAACAUGUACUUGCUGGAGUUCUCCAAUGAAAAGCCUAAGCUGUUCGAAGCCGUGCCCCGUAUGACCAUCGAAUGGCACUACACCAUGGUACAGUUUGAUUGGGAAACGGCAAAAUGCAAAACGUCUUUGGAAAAUGGCGUGUGGCUGAAGAAGCCGUUCGCGUGCCUCGACUACCAAAACCUGAUCGUGCAAGUGGUGAUCACGAAACUCCUAUGCUACACACUGGUGCAUUUGUUGACGUUUAGGAAAUUGAAGUUCCAGCACAAACUGUUGAGGUCGUCGCAUUCCGACGCAACCGACACGAGCGAUUUUCCAAAAUAUUUACAGAAAGCCAUAGGCGAUUUGAAAAUAAAAGAAGACAUUUUUAUUGAAAUCAUCCAUCUAUUGAGUAGCGAAAAAAACGAGGAAGUCGUUCAGUUCGACCGAAUUAUCAACGAAGUGAGAACCGUCGUCACUAGGAGUCUGAUCGCGCUUCGGGUGAAACGAGUGCACAAAGACGUCAUGGAAAAUUCCAUUAAGUAUAUCACUAACAGAGCGGAAAACGAUGUUAUCUUACACAACUGUGACGCCAUGAAGACGUUUUGCGCCGAUAUCUUGUCCAUUAUUCAUCCCGUCGACUUUGAGUUUGUGAAUUUCUUCCUCAGCGGGACCGUCUCGUUUCCAUACACGUUUCACUACAACGAGACGAUUGAUGUUGUUAUACGAAAUAGCUCGAAAACGGUAACCGAGAAUACCAGUACGGCAGAUUUGGAAGUGGCGUACAACGAUGUAUUCUUAACGGCAUUGUGCGACAUGAAAACAAUGGAAACUAAUGCAAUCACAUUCGAUACCGAAGACCUGCUGGUGCUGUCACAGGGCCGGGGAGGGUUGUCCAAAAGACUUCGGCGUAAACAACUAGUGUCGGUAAAAAAGUACUACGAAAAGAUGCAGGCCUUGCAGUGUUACAACGGUCUGGUCGUGCGGGCAAUGUUGGCAUUCCUGAAGGGUUCGGUAGUCAGACGGAGGAACGGUGACGAUCCGGAAUGUGUUCAAGCCGCGUUCGGCCAAUUCAAACGGGACGUUUCGCGCAUGCUUGCGGUGCUGUUUAACGGGAAAACCGUGGCGCACGACUGGCUUUGGGCGUUCAAUAACCGUCUGAUGGCCGUGGCGGAGUGGGGCAAAUACGAGGCUACGAUCCCCGACGACUUGUUCGGCGACCGCCGUUUGAACGCGGAUCUGAGUAAUUUCAUCAGCACUUGCCAGUUUAGCGGUUACUUGCCGGCCGGCGUUGCUGAAGACCCGGUGGUCCGGCAAGCCGAAACCGACAUGGAAUCGUUGCAGGCGUUGGUCGAUCCGCUGUACAACAACUACUCGCUGAGCCGGGUAUACCAGAACGAGCACGUGUUCGCCAUGAGCCACUUGUAUCCGUUGGAACUGUACUCCUCGCACGAGACCCUAGUGAUUUUCGGCAACGUGCCUUGCGUGCGGAUCGAAUGGAAGAGCUUGGCGUGGCUAGUGCAAUGGACGAGGGACCGGUGCGAAGAGCGGCUAAGCGACGGACGGUGGAUGGUCGACGCCUAUGCCUGUGUCGAGUACCACGACGCUUACGGGCUCGUGUUGAGAGCCAAACUGCUGUGCUACGCGCUGGUGCACUUGGCGGGCUGGCAGAGCCUCGAGCAACGGCAAAGCCAAUCCGAUAUCACUGCACAGACGGCGUUGUUCCUGAAAAGUCUGGAAAGUGCGUUGGACGACUGGAAAAUCGACGACACAAAGGUGUUCGCCGAUAUCUGCGCCUUUCUUGCUGCCAAAAACCACACCAAACCGUCGUCGUUCGACCAUAUCGUAUCCAUGGCUCUGGCGGCCGUCUUGAGGAUUCUCAUACUACUCGGCGUGGACGAUGUCUACCACGGCGAACUCGUGCAAUCCAUCAAGUCCAUCAAGUCGGUCGACAGCGAUUUCCAUUUGGAUCAAUUCAAGCGCAACGUUCGUUCGUUAAGAACCUUUCACAGCUUAGUCACAAAACUGGUGUCAUCCGUUCAUUUCCAAAUGAUCCAUUCCUACCGUAGAGGCAGGGCACCUUUUUUGGACACAUACUAUUUCAAUGACACCACAAUCACCAUUUGACCUACUUUUUGCUUGACUUUGAUGCACUGCCAAAGUGCAUUAAUUUUACGGCGCUUAUGUCGGUGUCUCUAUAAUUUAAAAACGAUAAUUUUAGAAAUUCCCUCCUCGCCGCUUUUCAUCAUUUUUACAAAAACCUUCACAGUAAAAUAGUGAAUGGUAUCUUUUGGUCCUCGAUUAAAAUCGGGCAUUGAAAACACAUUCGUUUUGACUUAUUUUUUUAAAAGUUAUUUUAAACAUUAUGAUAUAAGUAGAAUUUUGGUUUAUACUUAUUAUACUCGUAUCGUUAAAUAUUCAAAUAGGCGAUUUAAUGUUUGUUGUCGUUUUUGUUCAGAUCAGCCCAACCAACCAGGCCAGAUUGUUCCACUCUACAAAGUCUUGGCCUCUAUAUGGCCCCCUCCAAAAUUUAAAUACAUUUAGUUAAGAUUCAUAACUACAACUUUUAUGAUUUUUAAA